UGGUGUGGCCUAUAAAUAAUAUGGGCCAUCAGCCAUGCCGUACGAGCGACCGUAUGUGGACGCUGCUAGAUUGCAGUUGUAGAAGGGGACCUGAUUUACCCACUUCGCUGUGGCCUCUAAAUGAGCCUGCAGGAGGUUGGCUAGCCGCUGCCUCCUCAUAAACGAAGAGGCGCUGCCAUUCUAGUCUAGCUUGAGGUGGCGACGGGCAUGGCCAUGCUGGCGGCGCUGGCGAUCCUCGUCCUCGUGCCGUCCGCGCGAGGGCUCAACCGCGCUGAGUUCCCGCCGGGGUUCCUCUUCGGCGUCGCCACGUCUGCUUACCAGAUUGAGGGCGCGUACCUGGAGGACGGCAAGGGCCUCAGCAACUGGGAUUUCUUCACCCACACACGCUGUCAGUCAUCUUUUCGGUUUUCUGCUUCCAUGUCCUUGCGUGAUCCGUGUGUGUGUGUGUGUGUGUUUAGGAUUGUGUGAUCCAUGUUGCUUAUAGGAGGAUAAAGAUGAAAACGAGUGGUUCCUUUCCAUCUUGCUGUACGAAACAGGGACAGCGAUAGCCGCAUCCACACUGCUGUGGGCGUGGCCAAAUUCGAUAGCCAUAUAAUGAGAACCAAUCAGUGGUCGGACGAUGGUGCCCGGCCCAUAAGGCAUUAAAAUCAUAGGUUUGACGA